AGAAGGUUAAACAGCCUGUGCAUUUACACUAGAGAUGGCUUCCUAUGCAGGAGUUUUGAGCAGUCACCACCGUGACUAUGCUAUGUCUGCCAUGUCAGAUGCUGAAAGCACUAAGAGAAGAUCAUCAUCUCGCAACAUCAAACGGCCUAAAUUUGAUGAUGAACUUGUAGAGUCUAGUCUAGGUGGAGGUCAGGGGCUAUCACCCCUUCCUAAAUUCAGAAUGCGGAAUGCUCCAAUCUCUGUGAUUGAAGCCCCAGCUCCCCCUACUCCUACUCCGAGCGUGAGUUUAGAGUCGCGCAAGAGAGUUCUGCAAAAGCCUGCCACAAACGUCAGCAAUAAGAAAGCCAAGAAAGGCAAGAAUUCAACAAAUGUUUUAUCCAAAGACCUUGGGAGAUGGAAGCCAACAGACGACCUUGCGUUAAUACUAGGAGUACAGCAGACGUGCGAUCUGACCGCGGUACAUCGAGGUGUAAAGUUUUCUUGCAAGUUCAGUCUAGGAGAAAUACAAGAGCGCUGGUAUGCCUUGCUGUAUGAUCCUACCGUCUCAAAAGUGGCUCAGCAAGCCAUGAAAAAUUUACAUCCUGAGCAAAUUAGCGCCAUCGAGUCAAAAGCUUUGUUUAGUAAAGCAGAAGAGGAUAUCUUGUCAACCAUAAAAUCUACCUCGUUUCUUGAGCUUGAAAGAUUCGAGUUACUGCUACAGAAUUACCCUGAUGUCUUCCAUGCUGGUCGUACAGCAAAGUCCUUAUUGUCUCACUGGCAGCAGCUCAAACAAUAUCAUCUUCUACCGGACCAAAACCCUACUUCGCCGCUCAAACACGGAAUUAAUAAAGAUUUCUGCGAAGCCGAGGAACAGAUUGUGGACGCGGAGCUCCAGGAUAAGACAGACCCUGCCUUGUCACACGAGCUGCUCGUCGCGUCGAGGGGCAACAAGAGACGCUUGCGGCAGCUCGAGGACAAAGUGUCGCAUCUGAGCGUCCUUGUGGACUCCGUCACGGGAAUAACACCUCCAGACUUCGACACUAACACUCUGGCAACUCUCAGGGGCCGACUCGUCAGAUACCUCAUGCGCUCUGACAACAUCACACUGGGGCGUAAGGCUGCUGAUGUUCACGUCGACGUGGAUCUCACUCUGGAAGGACCCGCUUGGAAAAUAUCCAGGCGACAGGGCAUAAUCUCGCUGGCGGAUGGCGGCGAGUUUAUCCUACGCAAUGAAGGCAAGCGCGCGAUGUUCGUGGACGGCAAGCCUGUGGUGGCGGGCACCUGCUGUCGUCUGCUCAACAACUCUGUGCUCGAGAUCGCAUCCCUCAGAUUCAUUUUCCUAAUUAACGCGGGGCUCGUUAACCAGAGGGCUCUCGAGAACAUCAAAACAGAGGAGGAGCUUGCCGUUGUCACCUAAUUAUGUAAUGUCGAUAAAUACGUUGAAACGGGACAAAUUUCUAGCGGUUACACCGAUUUUGAAACAGGAUAUUCUAGAUAUAUCUCCUAAUAAAGCAGAAGAGUGUGCGAUGGUAAUUGCGAUAUCGUUGGUAAUGCUAAACUUGUGCAACAAAUAAUACUAGAUAACGUCUAAAAACAUCGAUCUGUCCAUCGUAAAUUACCCUAUGGCUAGUCUUAGCCUUUACACGAUAGUAGAUAAUUGAGAAGGUGCGAUACUCUUGAUGAAGCUUUUGCACUGAUAUAAAAUUAACUGUGGAAUGCUAGACAUAAACUGAAAGCUUUUACUGCUAGUAAGAAAAAUGGACAAAUAAAAAAUUUUCCAUCUGUUGCAUUACUAUGAGCUUUUCAAACGACGACGAGCAACCAUGCACAAGAUAACUUUUUAUUUCAGUUAUGAAGCUGAGUAGGACCAAAGAAAGAUUAAUAAAGCAUAAGAAAUUUGA